CGUGCGACGGUUCGGUCCACGCCAGCUGUCGGGAGCGUUAAAGCUAUUCUGUGGCCUCUUCCAGUGCCGUCUUUGCAAAUGAGUAGAAAGGUGGCUUGGGUUCCCUUCCGCGCGUUCGAGCUGGCUGUGAGCCUCCCAGUGAUCGGCCAUCUCGCCCAGAGCAAGGAACGAGCGGCGGUCGGCUGAACCCGCGGGACUCGCCUCUGUCGCCGCCUCUCCGGGUCCCGCUAUCUCCUCAGGGGCCAUGAUGGCGGCGGCGUGGAUGGACCCGGCGCGGCUGUCUGUGACGUUCGAUGACGUGGCUGUGACCUUCACCCAGGAGGAGUGGGGACAUCUGGACCCGGCCCAGAGGACCCUGUACCAGGAGGUGAUGCUGGAGAACUGCGGCCUCCUGGUGUCUCUGGGGUGUCCUAUCCCCAGACCUGAGCUGAUCUACCAGCUGGAGCACGGGCAGGAGCUGUGGACGGUGAAGAGAGACCUCUCCGGAAGCACCUGUCCAGGUGACAAAGGAAAACCCAAGACCAGAGAAUCUACCACUUCUGAGCCAUCCCUGUUUGAGGGAGCCUCAGUCCAGGAACAGCUAACACAAAGAGUUUCAGAGGAGUCCCAGUUGGGCCAAAUCAACGAUCCAGAAGAGCCAUUGGAAAGGCAUGAAGGACGCUUGAGACCAGAGAUAGAAGCCCAGAAGGGGAAGCUCCCUGGGAAACCAAGCUGUGAACAUGGCAGCUUAGGGAGAGCUGGUGGUAUGUGUUCAGGGAUCACAGAGGAGCCAGUCCCCCCAGGGGGUGCUGUCCAUGACCGUGACGCCUGUGGAUCAGAUAAAGAUCCCCUGACUCAGGACGAGGAAAGUCUCUUCAAAUGCAGCGAGUGCGGGAAAGUUUUUAAUAAGAAACGCCUCCUUGCGCGACAUGAGAGGAUUCACUCAGGAGUGAAGCCCUAUGAAUGCACAGAGUGUGGGAAAACGUUUAGUAAGAGCACUUAUCUCCUUCAACACCACAUGGUCCACACUGGGGAGAAGCCCUAUAAGUGCAUGGAGUGCGGCAAGGCCUUCAACCGUAAGUCACACCUGACGCAACACCAGCGGAUUCACAGUGGGGAGAAGCCUUAUAAAUGCAGUGAGUGUGGAAAGGCCUUCACCCACCGCUCCACUUUUGUUUUGCAUAACAGGAGCCACACUGGAGAAAAACCGUUUGUGUGCAAAGAAUGCGGAAAAGCCUUCCGAGAUAGGCCGGGUUUCAUUCGCCACUACAUCAUCCACAGUGGUGAGAAUCCAUAUGAGUGCUUCGAGUGUGGCAAGGUGUUCAAACACAGGUCAUACCUCAUGUGGCACCAGCAGACCCACACUGGGGAGAAGCCGUACGAGUGCAGCGAAUGUGGGAAAGCCUUCUGUGAGAGCGCAGCCCUCAUUCACCACUAUGUCAUCCACACCGGGGAGAAGCCCUUCGAGUGCCUCGAGUGUGGCAAGGCCUUCAACCACAGGUCGUACCUCAAGAGGCACCAGCGGAUCCACACUGGGGAGAAGCCCUAUGUGUGCACCGAGUGUGGAAAGGCCUUCACCCACUGUUCUACUUUUAUCUUACAUAAAAGAGCCCACACUGGCGAGAAACCUUUUGAGUGCAAAGAAUGUGGGAAAGCCUUUAGCAAUCGGGCAGACCUCAUUCGGCACUUUAGCAUCCACACUGGAGAGAAGCCGUAUGAGUGCACGGAGUGUGGGAAGGCCUUCAACCGCAGGUCUGGCCUCACCAGACACCAGCGGAUUCACAGUGGAGAGAAGCCCUAUGAAUGCAUGGAGUGUGGGAAAACCUUCUGCUGGAGCACAAACCUCAUUCGACACUCCAUCAUCCACACUGGAGAGAAGCCCUAUGAGUGCAGUGAGUGUGGAAAGGCCUUCAGUCGCAGCUCGUCCCUCACUCAGCACCAGCGGGUUCAUAGUGGCAGAAACCCCGUCAGUGUGACAGAAGUGGGAAGACCCUUUACAAGUGGGCAAACCUCAGUCAACCUUCAAGAACUCCUACUGGGGAAAGACUUUUUGAAUGUAACCACUGAGGAAAAUCUUUUGCCAGAAGAAACAACUUUCUCAGAAUCUGAUCAUUCAUACCAAAGAGAAACCCCACAGUUUUCUUCCCUGCUGGUGAGGAAGCUGUUCUUCUCACCUCUGCGUCGGUCAGUGUGCGAGCCUGACAUCCGCCCCGGGUCCUCCGUCACGGGGGUGGCUCCUGAGCGCCCGCCGGGGCUCCGAUCCAUCCCCGCAGGCAGCCUCCGGGCGGCGGGCGGUGAAUCCUGGAGCCGCCGCUGCGGCCCCACGCUCUCCACAAGGCCCCGCUAUGGCGGCGGCCUGGAUGGACCCCAUGCGGGAGCAGGGGUGGUUCCUGUGGAUUCUCCCUGGGAGUCUCCAGGAUUCAGAAAGCAGCGGAGCCCGUACAGGCCUGUCCACUUCCAUGCAGCUAUCACCGCUUCGGGUGAUGCUCCUGUGAGGUGUGCGAUGAUGUGCGAAGUUGUUCCACAGGUGCCUGUUACUUACGAGGACGUGGCCGUGACCUUCACCCAGGAGGAGUGGGGGCAUCUGGGCCCCGUCCAGAGGACGCUGUACUGGGAGGUGAUGCUGGAGACCUGCAGGCUCCUGGUGUCUCUGGGAUGUCCUUUGCCUGAGCCAGAGCUGAUCUCCCCAGCGGAGCCUGGCCCUGAGUCACAGACGUCGAAGAGAGGGCCCACCCCUGGCUCCUGCUCGUGUGACAACAAAAACCCUGAGGCCCCACAGCCUGCCCCUUCCCACCCAGCCUCAUCUGACGAAGUCUCUCCCCAGAAACAACUGACUCAGUGGGACUCAGAACACUCCCAGCUGGUGCAAACCAAGGAUGGGGAUGGGCCGUUGGAGAUGCAGGAAGGUCCCCUGAGACCAGGCGUAGGCCAUCAGGGGAAGGAACUCCCUAGGAAAGUGAACCCUGAUCACCAUGGUUUAGGGACAGAUGACCGUCUGCCCUCGAGGACUGCACAGCAGCGAGUCCCUCCAAGAGACAUGCUCUGUGAACGGGAGUCACGCGGGCUGGUGACAGGACCCCUGACUCAUGAAGAAAACUUUCCCUGUGAGUGUGGGGACUGUGGAAAAGCUUUCAGCACACAUGGCUUCCUUGUUCAACACGAGCAGCUUCACUCUGGCGUGAAGCCCCGUGGAUGCACAGAGUAUGGGAGAGCCUUCAGCCAGAGCACACACCUCCUACAGCACCUCCUGAUGCACACCGGGGAGAGGCCCUACGAGUGCAGCGAGUGUGGGAAGGCCUUCCGCCGCAGGUCACAGCUCACAGCACACCAGCGGAUCCACACCGGGGAGAAGCCCUAUGAGUGCCGUGAGUGCGGGCGGGGCUUCUCUAACAGCACUAGACUCAUCCAGCACUCCAUCAUCCACACCGGAGAGAAGCCCUACAGGUGCCUCGAGUGCGGGAAGGCCUUCCACCGCGGGGCACAGCUCACGACGCACCAGCGGAUCCACACCGGGGAGAAGCCCUAUGUGUGCACUGAGUGUGGAAAGGCCUUCAUCUACUGCUCCACCUUCAUCUUCCAUAAAAGGGCCCACACUGGAGAGAAACCGUACGAGUGCAAGGAAUGUGGGAAGGCCUUCAGCAGUCGGUCAGGCCUCAGCCGGCACUUCGCCACCCACAGCGAAGAGAAGCCCUACAAGUGCACGGAGUGUGGGAAAGCCUUCAGCCGCAGAUCAUACUUCAACAGCCACCAGCAGAUUCACAGUGGAGAGAAGCCCUACAAAUGCAUGGAGUGUGGGAAGGCCUUCUGGUGGAGCACAAGCCUCGUUCGACACUCCAUCAUCCACAGUGGAGAGAAGCCAUGUGAGUGAAGUGAGUGUGGAACGGCCUUCAGUUGCAGCUCAUCCCUUACUCAGCCCCAGAGGGUUCAUACUGGGCGAAACUCUGCCAGUGUGACAGAUGUGGGACGACUCUGCACACUUAUGUCAUUCCACACUUUAGAGUCGAACCUCUAAGAAUUCUUUCUGGGGAAAGACUUCUGCACGUAGCCCCUGAGGAAAAUCUUUUGCCAUUGAAACAUCUUACUCAGAAUCUGAUCAUUCAUACCAAAAAGAAAUCCCCUCAUUUUUCUUCCCUGUGAGAAAACCUAUUUGCAAGAUAUCCAUUGUCAUCUAAAGAAUCAUGUUAGAAACGGAGUCAGCCUGGAAACUUAUUCUGUAUCUGAAAAUUCAUGCAGGAGAGUGAGCCAAUCUUUAUUUUGCACUUAGCAAAACCUUCAGGCACAUCUUCCUCCUCAGUUUACACUGCAAAAUUAUCUCAGGGAUAUUUAAACAAAAGAGGAAGAGACAGGGAAGAGAAGAAGAAAUGCAAACACAGCUUUCAGAUAUCCAUGAGGAGCCUGAGGCAUUUUGUCAUCCCUUAGUUUAUCUGAGUUAAGAGGAGUGUUGUUGCAGAGAUCAGAGGACCUCGUUCCUUUUAUUUAUCUUGGAUACACAUGCACUGCUGUCCAUUGUCAGGAGAGUUAAACAGCUGAGAGUGUGUCUGAAAAGAUUUACUAAUAGCCACCUUUGCUUGCCUAGUAGCUCAGACAGUAAAGCAUCCGCCUGCAAUGCAGGAGACCCGGGUCGAUCCCUGGGUCGGGAAGAUCCUCUGGAGCAGGAACUGGCAACCCACUCCAGUGUUCUCGCCUGGAGAAUUUCAUGGACAGAGGAGCCUGGCGGGCUACAGUCCAUGGGGUCUCAAAGAGGCGGACACGACUGAGCAGCUAGCACACACACCUUUGUUCUACAGCAUUGUCUCUACCCUUGAGCAGCCUGUGUCUAUGAGGAAUAUGAAGGCUUGCCUUACACUUUCAUAUUUAAGGAGAUAAAGAUGUAUGUGUGAAUGAACCCAUUUUACUGAAAUGAUUUUUUUUUUUUCCGGCAGGUGAGUUGUUACACACUCCUUAGCGGAUUCCGACUUCCAUGCCACCGUCCUGCUUGACUGAUAUUUUUGAAACAUAAUGUGUCAUGUGUCUUUAACCAGCUGACACUCAUACUUAAUCUCUUUAUCGUUUUAUUUGUCUGUAGGGUGAGUAGGACAGUGUAACUGUGCAUCCUUCCCACAUGUCCCGGUUCUUCCCUCUGAUUCCUCCUUAGAGAGGCUUCACGAACACUUCAGUGAGUUUCUAGAGGUUGAAUUGCAGCCAAAACAGAACAAAACACACAGCUAAUUUAAGCUAAAUGAUAGCAAUACAUUCAGAGAAGGAAUCUCAUUUUUAAUCUUACAAAAGUUUGUGUGAAGAUUCACUGUCAAGUAAAGUGACUGGAAAUUUUCCGAUUGAAAUGAGCUUGUGUCAGUACAGGUACAGGUGAGUUCCACAGUUGUCGCCUUUGGCUUAGUCCCAGCAUAAGGUCUAAUGACUAAUAUCAUUUGUCAGGGUAUUUUGAGAUUCCUUCCUUUUAUUUUUUUAAGCAACAUGUGAUAGUAUUACCUCACGUUAAGAAAUAUACUAUACAGAAAGACAUAAAAAUAAUCAUGUAUUCACUGUGAACCCUUCUCAGGGCUUUUCAAAUGACUCCAUGUCGAGUUUUGUAUGGCCAUUGUAGGCCAUGUAAUUUCUGUUGUGUUACUCUAUGGCAUUAUUGUGAAGGCCACUCUUCAUGCUUUUCAUGUCUUGUCUAAGAAGUCUUCAGCAAGCUCUAGGUUCUUAAAUCUCUGAUACAAGUUGAGUUCCUUUUUGUAUUAACCGUUUGCAGUUUAGGUUGUGGUUUUUCUUGCCUAAGGAUGUUCAGUUGUUCUUGGCACCACUUGAAUAGUUGAAAAGACUAUCCUGCCUCUAUUGAAAUGAAAUUAGUAACAAAAAAAAAAAAAAUCUGUUGGGUAUGUUAAUUUUUUGGACUGUUUCUGAGUUCUUUAUGUGAUCCUACUGAUCUGUGUAUUUAAACCUCUGCUAAUAUGUUAUGUUGAAUACUGUAGCUAUUAAGUCUUAAAAUUGGAUAAAGUACUUCCAUCUUCUUUAUUGUUUUUUUCUUUAUAGUUUUUAAAAUCGAUUUAGCUUCCCAUGUCAAUUUUUCCUUUGGUUUUCUGUAUAAGUUUUAACAUGUACUUGUCUAUAUAUUAAAAACAUCUUGUGGGAUUUUUAUAGAAAUUCCAUUAAUCUAUAGAUCAUUUUUGUGAAAUUUGGCAUCUUCAUUAUGUUGAGUCUUCCACUCCAUGAACAUGGUAUGUUUCUGCAUUUAUUUGGAUUUCUGAUUUAGUUCAUAAGUGUUCUAUAAUUUUCAGCUUACAGAUCCUGAGCAUAUUUUGUUAGGUUUUUAUUGAGUUUUUAACUUCAGUUUUAUCAUUGUCAUUACUGUUAUUGAGAAAUAUAUUAAAUUUUUAUAUGUUGACUUUGUAUCCUGUGCCCCUUGCUGGACUCAUUUAUUAGUUCUAGCAAGUUUCUUUGUUUGCAGAUUCCUCAGGAUUUUCUUCAUAAGCAAUAAGUUACCUAUCUGCAGCUCAGCUCAGACGGUAAAGAAUUUGCCUGCAAUGUAGGGGGCCCAGGUUCAAUCCCUGGGUUGGGAAGAUCCCUGGAGCAUGAAAGUGGCAACCCACUCCAGUAUUCUUACCUGGGAAAUCCAUGGAGAGAGGAACCUGGUGGGCUACAGUCCCUGAGGUCACAAGGAGUUGAACACAACUGAGCAAAUAACACUUAACCUGGGAAUAGUGAACAUCUUAUUUCUUCUUCCUUAGGUGUAUCCUUUUUAUUUCCUUUUCCUUUCUUUAUUCUGCUAGCUAGAAUUUCCAGUACAAUGUUGAAUAGAAAUGAUGAAAGAGGACGCCCAUGUCUUGUUUUUAAUGUUAACGGGAAAGUACUCAGUGUUGCUUGACCAUUAAAUAAGAUGACAGUAUGGGUUUUUAUAUAGAUGUUUUAAAAUCAAGCUUGGUAGGUUUCCCUCCUGAUUUGCAAAGAGCUUUCAUUAUGAAUUGGUGUUGAAUUUUGUCAAAUACCUUUUCUCUUUCAGCUGAUAGGAUCAUACGACUCUUCCUCUAUAGCCUGUUUAUAUGAUGGAUUGUCUGACUGAAUUUGAAUAUUGACCAAGCCUUGCAUUUCUGCAGUAAACCCUGUAGUUAUAGAAUAUGGAACACACAGACAUACAUACAUUCCUUUUGCCAGUAUUUUUUCAAGAAAUUUUAUGUGUAAAAUCAUGAGCAUAUUGGCCUAUAC